CCGAUAGCCGGUGUUAUAUUAUUGUUUACCAACAUUUAGACAUUAUACCAAAGUUAUUGUUGUCUGUCCUGAUUUUUCCGGAUUGAGUUUGGACUGUUCCAUAGUUGAAGAGAGUUUGUCGGAGAUUCUUUGAUGAACGAAAACCUGCUACUAUUAUUUUACUUAGGUUAGAGAAGAGCUGCUCGUUUUGCGGUGUAAUAAAAUUGCAGUGGAGAUCAGAAUGCAUUCUAGACUUCCGGUUAUAAAUAUACUUUUCAAGCGAAACAUUGCAUUUGAUAUUGCUCGGAGACAGUUAGCCUGUGAACCGCUGAAGCGGAAAAAAUCAACAGUGGAAGAGCCGACUGGAAGCACCUCAACGAAAACGAUCGGAAAACGUGCUCAUGAUGAAAUUAAAAAAUACUUUACGUCUAUUGGGAAUGAAUCGAUACUUAAAAAAAUUCCACCCGAGUUACUGAUGCGACAUGAAAAGCAUCUUGAGCGAUUUUACAUAUCCACUAGUCAAUGCGCAGAACUUGUAGCAAAACAUGUCACAGCCGGUUUGUCACCGGAUAUGAUAUUAGCCGAAAUAAACCCGGGUCCGGGAUUGCUCACACGAGAGUUGGUGAAGUGCGAUGUCAAGAAACUGCUGCUGAUAGAAAGCGAAGAUUGUUUCGAGAGUGACCUCAAAAGACUAAUGGCAACCCACACGAGAUGCGACUGGAAUGUGUUGAUAGCACACUUCAACGGGAUCUGUAAGUAUUCCUAUCAGAACCGAGGGAUAAAGCUGGAACAGCUCAUAGCAGGCGGGAAAGAAUCGCCCCGAAAGCAAAUGCCAGAUGGGGUCAAUCUCAGACUAUUUUCGACUGUGGAUUCGCUGAAGUUUUUCAAGUCGCUUAUAGGAUCCGUCAUUUCCCAAACAGGAUUGUUUUCGUACGUCGAAUGGGAGAUGAUGUUGGUAAUUCCGCCGUUGCUGUUUGAGCAAUUGACCUGUGAUAGAACCGCUGGCUACGCAAUGUUUCGCAAGCACACGGUUCUGUUUCAGAUAUUUUUCGAGUAUGAAUUAUUGGCUCGAAUACCUCGAAAUCAUUUGCUUCCUUGGCCACCGAGAAGUAUGAAAAGAAAGCCUUAUCGUACACGCAAGCGCUACGAACUGGAACAUGCCGAUGAGUGGUUUCUAGUGCGAGUAGUUCCCAGAAGAAAUGUUUCAGAAUUCUGCCCACCGGAAGACUGGCAUGCAUUUGAAUUUUUCCUCAGUCAGAGUCUAGCAUCACGAGCUAAUCGAAUUGUUCCCACGAUGGAACAAUGGAUUCCUUUCUGCGGUGUCCGAUUGAUUAUCAAUCGGAACUACGUGCCACACCAGCCGAUCUCGGAAGCACAAACCACCAACGAGUUACAAACAUUUCAUCGUACGUCGACACCGCUCCGCAAGAACGACCUACCCGAGCGGAUAUCAAUUUUCACCGAAUUCGGUGAACUAACUCCUUCCCAGAUGAUCAGUCUGUUCAACGAGUUCCGAAAUUGGCCUGAAUAUCGACAGUCACAGUUUCUUACGAUGCUGGAGCAACAUGACCGGAAGGGUCAUUCGGUGAACGACGGCAAGAGUGUGACCGCCGCCGGAGAUGCCUCCGAAGUUGACGUUGAGCAAAAUGCACAACCGUUGAAGGGACGGGGGAAAACUGAAACACCCGACGUGCCACAGUGAAGUCUACUUUGAGGCGUAAAGUGAUUCGUUUCCGUACAUUCAGGCGAAACUUGAUUUGAAUAGUUCAACUUUCUUUGUGGAAAUGUCAUUU